UUUCCACACGUCACUCAGAAGCAGGAAACUAUUUCAGCUUCUCAGUUCAGGAAAACAGAAACUGAAGUACUGUUGAGCUGUUGUGUGUUUGUGUUUCUCUCUCUCAUGCAGUAAAAUGGCAGAAGCCAGAAUUUCAGUCGAUCAAAAUGAGUUUACAUGUCCAGUGUGUCUGGAUUUGCUGAAGGAUCCAGUGACCAUUCCCUGUGGACACAGUUACUGUAAGAGCUGUAUUACAUGCUGCUGGGAUCAGGAGGAUGAGAAGAGAGUCUACAGCUGUCCUCAGUGCAGACAGACCUUCAGUCCAAGACCUGCUUUAGGUAAGAACACUAUUCUGGCUGAAAUGGUGGAGAAACUGAAGAAGACUAAACUUCCUGCUGACUGUUACGCUGGAGCUGGAGACGUGCAGUGUGACGUCUGUACUGGAAGAAAAUACAAAGCCGUCAAGUCUUGUCUGGUGUGUCAGGAGUCUUACUGUCAAACUCAUUUUGACCGUCAUGAGGAAUUUCACUCUCGUAAACCACACAAAGUGAUCGAUGCCACCGGACGACUGCAGGACAUGAUCUGCCGUAAACAUGAUAAAGAGCUAGAAAUGUACUGUAUCACUGAUCAACAAUGCAUCUGUGUGCGGUGUAAGGAGUAUGAACAUAAAAACCACAACACUGUAUCAACUGCAGCACAGAGGACAGAUAAACAGAAUCAGCUGAAGGAGACGCAGAUAAAGAUCCGUCAGAGAAUCCAGCAGAGACAGAAAGAUCUUCAGCAGUUGAGAGAGGCUGUGGAGUCUCAUAAGUGCUCUGCACAGACAGCAGUGGAGGACAGUGAGAAGAUCUUUACUGAGCUCAUCCGCUCCAUUGAGAGAAGCCGCUCUGAGGUCACACAGCUGAUCAGAGAUCAGGAAAAGGCUGCAGUGAGUCGAGCUGAAGGACGAAUGGAGCGACUGGAGCAGGAGAUCAACGAUCUGAGGAGGAGAGAUGCUGAGCUGGAGCAGCUUUCACACACACAUGAUCACAUCCAUUUCCUGCAGAGUUUCCAGUCUCUCUCAGCACCUCCUGAAUCUACAGACGAACCUGACGAUCCCUUCAGUUCUCUCUUAUCUUUUGAUGGCAUGAGAGAAUCUGUCCGUCAGCUGAGAGACAAACUGGAGGAUUUCUGCAAAGGAGAGAUCAAGAAGAUCUCUGACAGAGUCACAUUUACCAACAUAUAUCCCAAGAUCAAGAAUGACUUCCUGCAGUAUUCCCAUCAGCUCACUCUGGAUCUGAACACAGUGCAUAAACGCAUCUGUCUCUCUGAGAAGAACAGAGUGAUUACUAACACUGACACAGUCCAGCCGUAUCCUGAUCAUCCAGACAGAUUUGAUUAUUAUCGUCAGGUGUUGUGUAGAGAGAGUGUGUGUGGACGCUGUUAUUGGGAGACUGAGUGGAGUGGGAAUUAUGUGCGUAUAUCAGUGUCAUAUAAGAGCAUCAGCAGGAAGGGACAGGGUUAUGAGUGUGCGUUUGGAUAUAAUGAUCAGUCUUGGAGUUUGGACUGCUAUUCCUCCAGAUACUCAUUCAUACAUAAUAAGAUAAAGACUGCUCUCCCUGUAAAGUCUAUCAGCUCUAGAAUAGGAGUGUAUGUGGAUCACAGUGCAGGAAUUCUGUCCUUCUUCAGCGUCUCUGACACAAUGAGCCUCAUCCACACAGUCCAGACCACAUUCACUCAGCCGCUCUAUCCUGGGUUUUUUGUUUGGUCUGGAUCAGUGAAACUGUGUUGAUGUUUCAGAAUAGAUUGUAGAGAGGUUUUACCCAUCAUACUUUGAGCUUCAUGAGAAAUCAGUAACAGUGAGAUGAUACAGAGUCUCUUUUAUUUCCUCUUCUUUACGUUAAUACAGCUGAACUUCAUAAAAUGAAAUAACAGAAUAAAUGUAUGUAUUAAAUCCUCAUAGAGACAGCCCUAUGCCAAGUGUGCUAUUAGUAUACUUCUUUUAAACUAAAAAUAAGAAAGUAUACUUUUAGCAUACUUUUUAUAUACUUCUCAGAAAUAUACUUAAAAUUGCACUUAAGUAUACUAGACUUAUACUGACAGA